AUGGUUACCUCUACAGCCGCCGACUCUCAGUGCAUCCACGUCAUGGUCGCCGACCACAUUCUCAGGUUUAUGGCUGGUCUCGGUAUCUAUGCCUUUCUCGCCGUCGACGCCUUCUUCAACAUGACCGGCGAGAACAAGUACCCAGCAGUGUUGGCGUGGCUAGUCCUCAUUCCGGUCUGUCUGUUUAUCCUCACAUGCACUGUCAGCGACCACGUAAACGCGAUCUCCAAGAAGUAUAAACUCAACGAUGUCAUCGUCACCGGGCUUCAAUACAUGCUCGGUUGCAUCCACCUACUGGUAUUUAUAUCGAUGUGUGCGGCGCUUCGAUUAGCAAUCCCGACAGGCUACCUACUGGUCUGGUCUUCCUUCUUUCUGCUACCGGCCUGUGGCUUCCUCUUUGCCGUCGCCAUCGAGUCUGCGUUCGGAAACUGA